AUGGCCGCACUCAGAGCGCUCGUCCUCGCGUGCGCGCUCCUCCUCGUGUCGACGUCCGCCUUGGCGCAGCGUGGUCCGCCUGGCGGAGGUCCUCCCGGCGGUCAGCGCGGAGGUCCUGGCGCCGGUUCCGGCGGCCCUGGCGGUCCCGGUGGUCCCGGCGGCCCCGGUGGUCGCGACGGUCCCGGCGGGCCUGGCGGACCGCGCGGUCCUCCGCUGAACCUCACCGCCGUCGGGAAUUUGACGGCCGAUAUCGGCGCGCGGCUCGCCAACUGCACCGUGGAUCAGAAGACCCUUAACGGCAGCUUCCGCCUCGCCGUCUUCAAAAACUCCACCGGAAAUUACAAUCUGCUCGUCGAGGCGCUGUUGGUGGACGCGGCGGGCGGCCCGCCCGACUCGCUGGCGAUCGUGAAGGGCGCCGUGUGCGACGCCGCCGCGACGGACGUGCUCGCGCUGCCGCUCGCCGCGGCGGACUGGCAGCAGCGCGCGGGGUGGUGGCUGCUGCACGCGGAGGCGCGCCUCGACGCGUUCCUCGAGAACGCGGACGCCGCCACCCUCGACGCGCUGCUCGCCGUGCUCCCCACCGCCUCGCCUCCGCCCACCAGCGGCGGCGGGCGCAACGGCGGGGGCAGCACCAGCGGGGGGAGCACCAGCGGGGGCGCGCGGAACGGGCAGGGAGGGAGACGCAUGGGGCGGGAGCUGCUGAUGGGCGCAUUCGGGCGCGCUGCCAGGCAGGGGGGACAGAAGCAGGGGGGGCAGAAGCAGGGGGGGCAGCAGCAGGGGGGGCAGCAGCAGGGGGGAGCGCAGCAGGCGCCUGCAGUGAGCGGGUAUGCUGUGCUGGCGGGCAGCAGCGCAGCAGGUGUGACGUGGGGCGGGCAGCUCAUGGGCGCCAAGAUGCCCGCUGCUGCUGCUGCUGCUGGUGCGAUCCACCAUCUUCUCUUUCUGCCCCUUCCCUCCGCCCUCUCCUCUGGCGCUCCCAUUUGCCCCUUUCCUUUGCCCCUCCCGUUGCCCUUCCCGCAUGCCCCUUCUCUUUUCCCCUUCCCCCUGCCCCCCCUGUCCUCCCCUUGCUUCCCCCCACCUACCUUGCUUCUUCGUCUGACCCUUCCUCCUUGCUCCGCCCCCUUGCCUCUCAACCUGCGCCCCUCCCCCUGCUCCUUUCCCCCCUGA